GCAUUCCUGGCCUCUCAUCUAAUCCGUGAUCCCUGCCCACUCUUUCCAAAUCGUUGGCUUCAUCAUCGCUCCGUCCAAAGGCAGGGAAGAUUUAUAUCCUGUCCCCAGGUGAGGGUGUUUUUCCUGGGCUGCGGAGACGAUCGGGAGAAGAUGAAGUUCUCUUUCCUUGCGGUGCUGGCUUUGGUCCUAUUUGCUGCUCAAGUGAAUGCCCUCUACUGCUACAGCUGCAACUGGGAACAAAGCAACUGGAGCUGCCUGAAGGCUGAGAAGUGCUCGGAMAACGAUGUGUACUGUGUCACCAACGUGGCCUCCGUAGGAAUCGGCUUUUUGUCUUUCUGGAAGAGGAUCACCAAGAAGUGCUCCGAGACCUGCCCARAUCACAACUUCAAGCUGGGCUUGGCUACCUACACCUCCUACUGCUGUCAGAGCUUCCUGUGCAACCUGAGUGCAUGCCCGGGGCCCCGGCUGGCUCGGCGGUGAGAGGUCUGGCAGUCCCAUACCAGGUCCUUCUUUACCUGCUCAGCGGUGCUGGGACAAAAAGGAUCCUGAAGGACCAAAGAGCCUGGCCAGAUUCCCCCUGUGGGGGGAACUCCUCAUGUUCAGUGGACAUUGAACAUGAGGAAUGGAUAAAGCAUUGCRGUCAUCAUCUUGUCCUGUGGUGUCUCCCAACCUUCUUCUCAUUUUCUUCUCAACCCUGAGCUUUGUGGCUCAAGCAGAGCACUGAGUGCCACCUCCAGGCGUUCCUUGGAUGGAUGGGUACCCCACCACCUCCCUGGGCAGCUCCUUCCAAUGCCUGACCACYCUUUCCAUGAAGAAAUUCCUCCUGAUGUCCAGCCUGAACCUCUCCUGGUGAAACUUGAGACCAUUUCCUUUCAUCCUGUCCCUGUUCCCUGUCUGCAGAGCCUGAUUCCACCUGGCUGCCCCCUCUUGUCAGGGAGUUGUGCAGAGCCAAAAGGUCUACCCUGAACCUCCUUUUCUCCAGGCUGAGCCCCCCCCCAGCCCACUCAGCCUCUCCUGGUGCUCCAGACCCUUCUCCAGCUCCAUUCCCCUCUCUGGACACACUCCAGCCUUUCAAUGUCUUUCUUCUUGUGCUCUGUCCUGCAGCUUUGGGAGGAGAUGCUCCUUCUGCACCUCCUGCAUCUCCAGAGGAUUUUCUCCUGGAUUUUUUUUUCCUAUUUUGGAUGCUGUUGGAGCCACAGAGUGGCAUCUUCUGGGAAAAAAUAACAACCCCUCUUAUGUGCACAUCUGUACACAUCUGCUUGUCUCUGUCCACACCUCCAUUUCCAUCACMCCUGCUUGUCUCUGUCCCCAUCACCUUGGGGAAUCCCUUCCUUCCUGUUGCUUUGCUGUUGUCGGAGUCCCAUGACCUCACCCAGGACCAGCAGCACCCUGGAUUCACAAUUCCUACUGCUUGGAAUUGUGUCUUCCAGCAAUCCAUUAAUUCACCUUUAAUUAAUUUAAUUAAUCCAUUGAUUUCCCUCUGACAUCCUCCAAAGCAACUGCAGGGUAAUCAGGGAAUAUCCUGAUUUGGAAGGGACCCACAAGGAUCAUCCAUGUCCAGCUCCUGGCCCUGCACAGGACACCACAACAAUCCCACCCUGUGCAUCCCUGAGAGCUUUUUCCAAGCAUUUCUGGAGCUCUGGCAGGCUUGGUGCUGUGAUCAUUCCCUGGGGAGUCUGUUUCAGUGCCCAAAGACCCUCUGGAUGAAGAAAAUUUUCCUAAAAUCCAGCCUAAMCCUCCUCUGAUGCAGCUUCAGUUGUUUCCUCGGGUCCUGGGCACCAGAGGGAAGAAAUCGGUGCCUCCUCUUUCCCUUCCCCUCAUGCAAAGCAUUUGCAGCAUUUGGGUUGAGCUGCUGAGGAACCGUGGAGAGUUCUAUAAGGAGAACAGAGUCAGUGAACUUGGUGAUUGUUUUUUUGAUUAUUGAGAGGCCAAAUAYUUCAUGGAGACAUUUCCAGAGCCUGCAGAGAAACGAGGGUAAAAAAGGAGCUGAAGAAAUGAACAACGAUGAGAGCGCAGAGAUUUUUCAUUGUCAGAGGUGCCCUGAGUGCUUUUCUUUUCUUCCAGGCAACACUUUUUGGAGGAAUUUUGCUCUGGAAAAAUCAUGGGAAUGCUUUAAAUUGAGUCAAAGCUCCCAAAUCUGCAAAACAUUCCUCAGCCAAGGGAUGACGCUCCCUGUUGUGCUUCCAAUUUGAAGUUGGUAAACAAGAGGCACAAAAGAGGCUUUGAGCUGCGCUGAGCAGGGCUGCCUCAGGCUGGAGCCUGGGCUGCUCGGGAUGAAGGAUUUUUUCAUAACAAGGAAUUUUCUGGGAUGCAUCUCUUUUAUUAAUSAAUUUCUGCUUUCCUUCACCCCCUCCUUGUUGCAGUUACCGAGUGAAGGAACUUGGGGUGGUUCCUUUCUCCUCUUAUUUACACCACAGUCUCUUCCCAACCCUCUUCAGGAAUUUUUAUUUCCCUGCCUGAAGCACUCCAAACCCCCUCCCUUCCCUCAAAACAAAGCUCUUAAUUUACUCAUCACAAAAUAUUUCCUCAUAAAAAAGUGGAAAAAAACAACAAAAAAGAGGGAUUUGUGUGUUUUUUCUCCUGCAUGCCAGAAUUUCUCCACUCUCUGAAAGCACCAAGGAAUCCCAGUUGGACUGACUCUAAUAAUUAAUAUUUCAUUGGGUUGGAUUUAUUCUUCCUGCAGCAGUGGAGACAGAGGCUCCCCCAGCCUGCAGGAAAACAGUCGGGAUUUUUUUUUUUUUUUGCUGCUUUAAAGCAAAACUGGCUGGGUUUUUUUUGCUUGAUUUGCUGUGCCUUUGCUGCAGAAAAGCUUCCUUGUAUCCAUGGGUAAGAGAAAGGGAAAUAAAUAAUCCUGGGCAUGGC